CGAGGAGUGAAGUUAUGUGAUUUGUUUUAUUUUGUCUAUUUAGUGUUUCUUCGGGUUUAAAUGUGUAAUAAUGGUGGUUUAUUAACCGUUUAAUAUCUGUGAAAGUGCACAAAUGUGGGAAAAUGAAACAAAGCCGCUGGACGUAACUUCUCGGGAUCCUCCAAAAAGUCUACUGAAAAAAUCUUAGUAAAUGACCACCAUUUUACUGAGAUUAGAUUUCAUCCCAGUUGAUUAAUGUCUCAUAUUAAUCAUUUUCAUUUCAUUUCACUCCAUAAUUAUCAUUUUUCAUAAAAUUAAGAAUAUACAUUAAAAUAAGAAAUGGCUUAAAGGUCUCAGUUACCAGGUCAUAAAAUCUCUUAAAAAAAAAAUGUAGGUAGGUAUUUCUUUUUUGACGGGAACGCGAAGAGUGAAGUUGUGUGAUUUGUUUUAUUUUGUCUAAUUAGUGUUUCUUCGGGUUUAAAUGUGUGAUAAUGGUAGUUUAUUAGCUGUUUAAUAUCUGUGAAAGUGCACAAAUGUGGGAAAAUGAAACAAAGCCGCUGGACGUAACUUCUCGGGAUCCUCCAAAAAGUCCACUGAAAAAAUCUUACUUGAUGAAACAAGAAAACGACACGAGCAGGAGGUCGGAAGAGAAGUUUACAUCCAUAAGUGCAGCCUGUGACAUAAGGACAUCAAUUCUGCAUUUUGUUCAGUGUGGUGCAGAUUAGUUAAAAAGUCAAUUACUAAUUCGUCCCUCAGUUCACAGACAUUGAUACAACAUGUCAACAUAAUUGUGAUCAUAACAAAAGUAAUAUAGCUUGUAACUGGAAAGAAAAUAAAACGCGAAUUACAAGAAGAUACAUACUCUUUAGAGGCAGUACUUUUUUUUGUCUGGUUUCCGAUCUCUCUUCCUAAAAAACAUAACUUGGAGCAUUCUCGUGUCUAAAAUUUCCAAAUCGAGGUUUUUUUAUUUACUUAUGUAUAUAAACAAAAAUGGAUGCAUUUAACGAACCCUAUGUUUGUAAAGUCUGUAAAAAAUGUUUUGUAUUUAUAGAGAACUUUAAAAUGCACAUGAAAACGCAUCCUCCUAAAAACCCUUAUGUUUGUGAAGUGUGUGAAAAACGCUUUACACAAAUCAAUCAAUUAAAAACACACAUUAUAAGUCAUAGUGCAGAGAAACCUUAUGUUUGUGAAGUCUGUAAAAAAGGUUUUACACGAAAAAAUGCUUUAGAAUUGCACAUGAGAUUACAUACUGAGGAGAAACCAUACAUUUGUGAAGUGUGUCAGAAGUGCUAUGCACGAAAUGAUUCUUUGCAAAUGCACAGGAGAACACAUUCUGCAGAGAAACCUUAUGUUUGUGAAGUCUGUGAAAAAUCUUUUGGAUAUCGUGGUAGCUUACAAAUUCAUUUGAAAAUUCACACUAGAGAUAGGUCUUAUCUUUGUGAAGUAUGUAAAAAAUGUUUUGUACAAUAUAGAAAUUUAAAAGAACACAUGCUAAUACAUACUGUCAAGAAACCUCACAUCUGUGAAAUUUGUAAAAAAGGAUUUGCAGAUCCUUCUGGUUUAAAAAUUCAUCUGAAAAUGCAUGCUGGAGAAGAACCUUAUGUUUGUGAUGUGUGUGGAAAAGGCUUUACUCGAAAGGGUAAUUUAAAAAUACACAUGAUAAUACAUACUGUCACAAAACCAUACAUCUGUGAAGUUUGUAAAAAAGGAUUUGCAGACCCUUCUGGUUUAAAAAUUCAUCUGAGAACGCAUGCUGGAGAAGAACCUUAUGUUUGUGAUGUGUGUGAAAAAGGCUUUGCCCGAAAGGGUGAUUUAAAAGCACAUAUAAGAACACAUACUGGAGAGAAACCAUAUGUUUGUGAUGUCUGUGAAAAAAGCUUUUCAGGAACUAGUAACUUAAAAAAACAUAUGGCAACACAUUCUGCAGUUAAACCUUAUGUUUGUGAUAUGUGUAAAAAGUCUUUUGCACAUAUUAGUUAUUUAAGAAGACAUAUACAUGUACACAAUGCUUAAAAACCUUGUUUGUGAUGUGUGUGAAAAAAGCUUUUCAUGAAUGAGUAAGUACUAUAAAAACAUGCAUGGCAAUACAUACGGCAGAAAAACCUUAAGUUUAUGAAAUGAGAGUAAAUGUGUUUUACACACAUUUCACACAUUUUUUACUUGUGGUAGGACCUCUGGUGAGUCUGCACGGGUAGGUACCACCACCCUGCCUAUUUCUGCCAUGAAGCAGUAAUGCGUUUCAGUUUGAAGGGUGGGGCAGCUGUUUUAACUAUACUGAGACCUUGGAACUGAUAUCUCAAGGUGAGUGGUGGUAUUUACGUUGUAGAUGUCUAUGGGCUUUGGUAACAACUUAGCAUCAGAUAGGUUGUGAACUCGUCCACCCAUCUAAGCAAUGAACAAAAAUCAAUAUAAAAAAAAUUAAGAUCACACAGAAUACAUACAGGAGAUAAACAUUCUGUUUGUACUUCACAAACAGAAGGUUUUAGUUUAUGUUAGUUAUUUAAAAACACAUAUAAAGCUUCAUGUAUAUACUAGAGCAAAGUCUUAUUAUUGUAAACUGUGAAAAACAGUUUUCAAGUAUUGGUAAUUUUGAAUGGCAUACGAAAACACAUAUUUGAGAAAAACUGUAUGCUUGUGUAAAGUGUAAUAAAGCAUUUUCGCAAAUUGAUAUUUUAAUAAUGUAUCUGAGAAUACAUUAAAUAAUAUGUACUACAAAAAAGCCUUUGUUUGUAAAGUAUGUAAAAUAAUUUUCACAUAAUUGUCUGUUAUAGUCCCCCUUAGAAUAUACACUGGAGAAGAAAAAACCUUGUUUAUGUAGUUAAUAAUAAAUGUUUUACGCGUA